AUGAGUGUGGCGUCAGCAGAAGCCAGGACGGCAGAAAAAGUGUCGCACUGGUCUCCAUGGUUGUCCGUUCCGCCAUUGGGAAAUCACUUGCAAUUACGGGUGUUGCUGAACCUGCAACAAGCAUCCGAGGUUGCCGAACCCUGCGCACAAUUCGGGAAUGUGUCUUAUCUUGUUGCUGAGGACUACGAUGCUUGGCACCGGCAGGCAGUUGCCAAAGCACCUAGAUUGGACUUGAAGGAGCUGAAGGCACAAAAUGGAAAGCCGUUCAAGAAGCUGCCAAAAGUGCUUCAUGUGGUUCCGUAUGUGCAUGAGGAGUUUCUGCAGUAUGCAGAGGCUGCGGGCUUGUCUCCCAGGAACACCAAGGGCUCGAUACCAGCGGACGUGCGCUCUGAGCACUAUGGUACUGUCGUUGGACGCAUUGUCAGCCAGCAAGUCCCGUUACUGAUGCUGGAUAAGAGGAGUCAGCUGGGGCUCCUGCGACCAGAGGAGCAGCUCAGGUUCAACGUGAACUUUGAGGUUGUUCCUGGCUCUCAGGGGAAGUCGUGCGUGGAGGUGUGCCAGUCAAGGAAUGCCAAGUGCGACAAGCAGCAGAUAUACUUCUUGAACGACUGCAACCUUCUCAAGAAGCACUUCCCCUGCGAGGCGGGUUGCGCCCACCAGGUGGGUAAAGAGCUCCCGGUCUAUGUGCCCGAUCCGGCCCAAUCCACAAAAGGGCAGUGCCUGAUCACCUUCAUUUCGCCAGCAACUUGCGAGGCGAAGCACAAGAGCACCUCCCGCCUCUGUCCGUGCAGCGUAGCAGCCAAAGCUGAUGCAGUGCGACCAGCUUUUGUGACGGUACACGGGUCCAGGGUCCGCACCAAGAAAAACAUCUGGCUGUGCCAUGCAGAGAGCCACGCGGCCAAAAUCCUGGCGGAGACCUGCAUUAGCCGCAGCGCUUGCAGGCACUGUCGCUACCAGGUCGGUUCAGUGGCCCACCGAAGCUGCCGCGUUCGUGCCAACACAAGGCAUAGCGAGAAGCCAAGCUCUCAGAGAAUAGACUCCUUGAGCACAGACCAUGCCGUGCUGUUUGGUGUGUUUAUGUUUGUUAGUAUGGUUAUCAGCAUCGUUAUCAUUAUUAUUAUUAUUAAGAUUAUUAUUAUUAUUAUUAUUUUUGAUAUUGCUAUUUAUAUUUAUGAUUAUGAUUAUUAG